CCAUUUCGGAAAACUCAUCUUCACUUCCUGUUUUGGCUCCAAAGCAGCAACGUGCAGUUCACCGGUGUGUAGUAACGGUGUUAUGUGUGGCCAGAGUCUUGCACACCUUCCACAAUGCAGAUAUCUAGUGUGAAUGACGUGAAGAUUUACAAUUUAAGCCAUGGGAAAUCUCUUCCAGAGUGGCUGUCAGAUCGGAAGAAGAGACAGUUACAAAAGAAAGAUGUUGACAUCCAGCGGAGGAUUGAGCUCAUCCAGGACUUUGAGAUGCCCACAGUGUGCACCUCUAUCAAAGUGUCCAGGGAUGGCCAGUUCAUCAUGGCUGCAGGGACGUACAAACCCAGGAUUCGCUGCUAUGACACCUACCAGUUGUCCCUGAAGUUUGAGCGCUGUCUGGAUUCAGAUAUUGUGGCUUUUGACAUCCUGUCUGAUGACUACUCAAAGUUGGUGUUUUUACACUGUGACCGCUACGUAGAGUUCCACUCCCAGCAUGGGCACUAUUACAAGACACGUAUUCCAAAGUUUGGACGGGACUUUUCUUACCACUACCCCUCCUGUGACCUCUUUUUUGUGGGAACAAGUUCCGAGGUCUUCAGACUGAAUCUGGAACAAGGGCGCUUCCUCAACUCACUUCAGACUGAUGCUGUGGAAAACAAUGUGUGUGACAUCAACCCCGUCCAUCAUUUGUUUGCCACAGGAACCUCUGAGGGAAGGGUCGAAUGCUGGGACCCUCGUGUCCGGAACAGAGUUGGCAUACUGGACUGCGCCCUGAGCAGCCUGACUGAAGGAACAGAAGUUAAAAGUUUGCCAUCCAUUAGUGCGCUGAAGUUCAACGGCUCCCUCACUAUGGCAGUUGGCACCAGCACAGGACAGGUGCUGCUCUAUGACCUGCGCUCCAGCCAGCCGCUGCUGGUUAAAGACCACUUCUACAACCUGCCAAUCAAGUCGCUCAACUUCCAAGAUCAGAUGGACCUGGUCGUGUCUGCCGACUCCAAGAUCAUAAAACUCUGGAACAAAGACAGCGGCAAGGUCUUCUCCUCCAUACAGCCUCAGACCAACAUCAAUGAUGUUUGCAUCUACCCUAAUUCAGGUAUGCUCUUCACUGCCAAUGAGGAUCCUAAAAUGAACACAUUCUACAUCCCGGCGCUGGGCCCUGCACCUCGGUGGUGCUCCUUCCUUGACAACUUGACAGAGGAGCUGGAGGAGAGCCCGGAGAGCACAGUGUACGAUGACUACAAAUUUGUAACCCGGAAGGACCUGGAAAAUCUCGGUUUGUCCCACCUGGUGGGAUCAUCUCUUCUAAGAGCCUACAUGCACGGCUUUUUCAUGGACAUCAGGCUUUAUCACAAGGUCAAAAGCCUGGCAAAUCCUUUCGCAUACGAGGAGUAUCGCAAAGAUAAGAUCCGGCAGAAGAUUGAGGAGUCCAGGACCCAGAGAGUGCAGGUUAAGAAGCUGCCCAAGGUGAACAAGGAGCUGGCUCUCAAGCUGAUGGAGGAGGGUGAUGACGAAGCGGAACUGGCUUCUAGGAAAAAGAAGGGCAAGGCUCUCCCCAGCGUCCUGGGAGACGACCGCUUCAAGGUGAUGUUCGAGAACCCAGACUACCAGGUGGACGAGCAGUGCGAAGAGUUCCGCCUCCUCAACCCCAUUGUCUCUAAGGUUGGACAAAAGCGGAAGAAGAAGCUGCAACUGCUGGCUCAGCAGGCCGCCGAUUCCCAACAGGCGGAUGAAGACGACGAGGAGCCCGAGGGGCAAGCCAGCUCCGAGGAGGAGAGCUCGGACGACGACAAGAGCUGGGUGGAGGAGGUGAGGGAGCAGCGGAGGUUGCUUUGGGAGGAAGGCCGAGACCGCCGGAGGCAGGAGAGGAAGCAAGCUGACCGCAACACCGUCCUGCUGGAGGGGGAACAGAACGGAGAAGAAACUUCAAACAUGGCUGAGAGCAAGAAGACAAGUCAGCCUCAGUACUAUCAGAUCAAAGCUGGGGAGGAGUUCAGGAGUUUUAACGACAUGGCCCGCAAGCAGAGACUACAGAAGGCUUCUUUGGAGGACCGUCUAAAGUUAGAGGAGCACUCUGGAACGAGCCACAUUGUUGACACUGCAGUGGGCAGCAAGCAGCUCAGCUUCACUCUCAAAAAGUCAGAGCAGCAGAGGAGGCAGCAGCAGGCCGAGCGGGAACACCACGAGGAGAGGAAGAAGCUGAGGCGCUCAGCUGGACAUCUGAGCAGCGGCCGCGGGAGAGGCUGGGGCGGCGGCAGGGGGAGAGGAGGACGAGGGGGACGAGGGGGAGGGAGGGGGAGAGGCCGGUACUGAGAAGGGCAGCCUAGUAUAUAUCCAGGGCUUUACAGAGGCAUUACUGGCACUGGGUUUUGUAUUUGCUUCCAUUAACACAAGUGUUGAAGAAUACAGAUUUUAAGCCCUAGAGCCUUACUGGAGACUGAGGAUUCAGCACAUGUGGCAAAGACUGACACAGAUGAGCAGACAAGCCUUAAACCUCCCCCACCCCCGCCCCUGCUCCUGGGUGGUAUGUGCCAUGUGUUUAGCUGCUUUUCUGCAAAUUCUGAGCAUAAUCAGAAAGAUUACUUAUUUUGCUGCCUGUGUGUGAUGUUUAUGCCAUUAUCCAAAGGCAGGGAUGGCCCCAGACGGAGUUAGAGAUAUGAAAAGCUGAAAGGACUCAACAUGACCCGCCUUGUCUCAGACGUCUAGUUUCUUACAAGUGCUCCUCAUUGGAGCCUACUAUUUCAGUUAAUGGAGGGGGAGAACGUUUAUACUGGUGCAAACACAGUUUGUAUUUUAAUCUUUUUUGUUAUUACUGCAUAUUGUUAAGCCAAUACUGGAUUAACAGCUAUUGUCCUAAUAUAUUUGGUACAACAUUU